CCAUCCACCACCACCACCACCUCCUUACAAUCAGCCCUCUGCUUGUGCUAUUCCUAUCGAUUUCUCCCCCUACUGCACCUCUACGCUGGUGUCGUGAGAUGCACCCCCCGUAUCCUUCUCCUGCUGAACCCUGCUACCAUUAGUUUGGCCGGCGUGUCUGUUCUGUCUUCCUCCAAACUCCAAUUCUUGUUGAUUACCUGACGCCACCCACACUCUCGCCCCGUCAUCAAAGCCACCUCCGCACACAGCCGAUGCAAACAAGGCUGAAUUAAUCAAGUUGGGAGUAGACUAUCUCUACGCAUUACCCUUCCUCGUUUGUUGGAUGAAAGUUCUCUUUGAUCGUCACCCUUCGCAUUUUAUCUCCCCACAAGCCUUGCCAUAACGGAACUUCGCCUGAAAGCCAUAUCCAACUAUGGAUGGCCCUAAUGCACACCGCGUCGCUUCUAUCUUAACCUCCGACAACUUUCAGAAUGCUGCAGAGAUAUCCAGAGCGACGUCGCCUGGUGGGCAACCUGCCGAAACAAACGGCGCCAAAAAGGCCAGAGUUAGACCGCGUACCUACCCAUACUUUGAGUACCUACCAUAUGCGACCGAGGAUGAUAAACAACGAGAAGACAACCUGCAUGAAAUUCUGAAGUGUCUAUACGUUGCAGUGAAGGCCGGUGAUUUCAGCCCUGGUGCUGUGCAUUGGACCCGGGAACUGCGAGGAUGGCUAUCACUCAAGUUCGACCCAACAAGAGAAGAGCGCGUGAAAUUGGUUAGAUUGUACUAUGAGUUAUCGCUCGCCCCUGGAAUAGAUCCGAACGUGGCCGAGAGAUUUGCAAGCAUGUUCAUGCUUCUCACAAAGCGAAAGCAUUAUCUACGGCCUGUGAAGGAUCUCACUCUUGACUGGAAGCCUCUAUUCAAGGAAUUGAGAACUUUCGUUCUCCCAACCGAGUCCGGCUUAGUCCAUUCAACAAACCUCAAACGCAAUAUUAAAACCCUCACCAAGCUAUGUGCCUUUGCUCAGCUCUACUUCGACCCGUGCGAGGUCCCAGCAAUGCUGGAAGAAUUCCUUCCGCAUUACACCACUUCAUUUUCGGAAGGUGCUUUCGUCGUCGUGGGAUUAAUGAACUUACUCCUGCCUACUUCUCCUGCACCCGAAUCUAGGGAUGAUUUGCGGCCGCAGACAUACCUUCCUACGUACUUCCAUCUCUGGUCUCUUGUCAACCGGUCGAAGACUUUCGAUAUGAACUUUUUAGAUCAUUUAUCUCGAUUGGCUCGGGACUCCUUACCCGCAGGCUAUAUUCCCUUUGCCGAAUAUGGCAUAUUUACGAAAGAGCAAUCGUCGCUUAUCUUCACUGCAAUUCUAAGAUUGUUAGAAAUCCCGGUUGGCCAGGCUACUUCUCCGUAUAGUGCCUUGGUCGACAUUUCAUCUGGGUUGGGUAUCAUGCUUGACAGAGAUUCGCGAAAACACCCCGUUGCUCAUCACAUAGCUCGUUGGAUUGUGAUGUCAUUGUCUCCGGCUUGCUUAGAGUCGCAAGAUUCUGUUCUAGCACAACUCGAGGGUCUUAUUCAAGCAGUUGAGACCUUCUUUCACCCUUCCAAUUCCGGAAAUUGGACCAAGACGUUGGCACAACUGGUUUAUUAUUUGGCCGACUUUUUCGUGAUGCGUUGGAAUCGCGAGCGUAGUGGUGAAAUGGAAAUACCUCCAGAGAGGAGGUUGAAUGAGCCGCUGAAAAAGCGGUUCGUUCUAUGCUUGCGCGAUGUCAUCUUUAUGGGCAUUUACGCAAAGAGUGGAACGGCUAUGAACUUUUCGCUGUCUACUUUGCAGAGCCUGGCUUACCUUGAACCGCAUCUCAUCCUUCCUGGUGCAUUGCAAAGGAUUUACCCGUCUAUGCAAGGCUUGGUGGAGGUCCAUAGAACUACUUCGUCUCUGAGGUCCCUUCAAGUUCUGUCUAGAAUCAUUGUUCGCACCAAAGGCUUUCGUUGCCACAUGACAACACUCCUUGGACUCGCUUUGCCUGGUAUCGAUGCUAAUGACCUGGAAAAAUCUAUGCAUGCCCUUUCUUUUAUUCAGGCCGUCUGCUACAACAUACCAUUCGAAGACUUGACAAAGGGUCGUGAUGAUGUUAACUGCAGCAUGCUAGCAAUGCAGUGGAUUACUGGUGAGGUAGAGAGGAUGGAAAUAGAGGGUGCCAGUGUCCAACUCAACUAUGACACUGAUUUGAGCGACGAGACCGAAGAAAUGAUUCUUCGUUCGUCUACAGCAGGCUUUGGCGAGUUUCUAAUCUCAUUCCUGGGUCGAGUCUUUACCCUCCUAGAAAACCUGCCUGAUGCCUCACGGGUGCGAAGUGGCUCUCCCGAAGAAAAUGUCGUCAAUACCCUUCCUGCGACUCUUAUGCCGCUAUUAUCGGCCCUGUCACCAGACCUCUAUGAUAUGGCCCUGCAAAAGGUCGUGGACUUUGUCGCGAACCAUGUCAUUCACCAGGCUAGGGAUGCAAUGGCUUUCAUUUGUAAUGCUGUCUGCAAGGUGAAUCCUGAGAAGGCGUUGAAACGUUUUGUGCCUCUUUUGGUCCAGUCAAUACGUUCUGAGAUCGAUGAAAAUGGUGCUGCCUCUACGCGGACAACUGGCUCAGAGGUGCUGCCAAGAGACCGAGCUUUAGUCUGGAACGUGAGCAUGCUGAGUAUGUGUGUUGUUCAUGUGGGAAGUGCGGUUUUGAACCACAAACAAGAGCUCCUAGAUAUUGCCAUUUACAUGCAAGAGAAAUGCAAGGGCAUACCGACUAUCCACGUGUCAAAUUUCAUUCAUCAUCUCCUUCUCAACCUUACUGUUACGUAUACUCUGGAUUAUGGUCUCCUCGAGCCAGAGGACAUCAAAGAUGGUAUCAAAUUGGAGCAUUGGGGGUACCGGCCAGAUCCAAAAAACUUAACCAUAAAUUGGCAUGUACCGAAACGUGAAGAAAUUGAGUUUGCAGUUACUCUAUUUGAAAACCAAGCAGAAAGUGCUCUGAAACAGCUAACUGCCCUGACUGACGGAACAUCUAGCGUCAAACGAGAUGGUAGUGGAAAAGAAUGGUCCGAUGAAGUAACUAGGAAACUCGUGUUGCUAAGACUCAUAACUUCUGGCAUUUCGGUUCUUUUUGAUCCCAAAGCAGCAUCCAAAAGUGAUGAAAAUGGCGUUUCACCCGAGUCGAGCGACGUUGAAAUGAUCGAGACCAAUGGUAAUAUGUCGGAAAAAGAAGAUGAUGAAGAUGGCGACGCUUCUCUUGAUAGUACAGAUGAAACAACCGUAAAGGAGACAUUUGCUUAUCCUACUGGAUAUACCUUCUCGGAGGAUGACCCUUUAUACACCAAAAUACACAGUAUCAGAAGACGGGCCGGUCAUGUACUCCAUGAUGUGCAUCGCUUCCUGACGGAGAAGCAAGAAGACGAUGUACCCUGCUUCGGAGCCUUGUACACCGCCUACAGGUCCUGGUUUAUCGAUGUUGGAAUCGAAAGAUCAGCUCAUGUAUUAGAUAGGGUCACUCGUCUUCUUGCUGCAGACAUUCACCCAUACAAAGUUAGCGGGAUUCGCAAAGACUACCCAAGACCUCUUCUUAUCCGGCGUGCCAACGUUUAUCAUUUACAGCGUUUACGCCACAAUGCAGCCCCUCGCCCGAGAUCAAAGCUCGAUGAAAGGCUGUUCCUUGAUUUGGCAGAAUCAAGCGUUUCGAUUUACACUGAUAUCCGGCGAAAUGCUCAGAAUGCUGGGGAGUCAGCUCUCAAAGCUGUUUGGGGCUCUCGCUUAUUGGUCAUACCACCACUGCUCGCAGCCCUGCAGAAGGCUAUCAAGGAAAAUGAUCAUGCGCGGAUCAAAGGCGCAUUGUACUCGUUACUGUAUGGCAGCCUGGCGAAGACUGCGGGACGUCACUGGAAAUAUACACCUGAUAUUGUUAGAGCCUUCAUCGAUGCAAGUAGUGUUGAUAAGCCUUCGGUUCAGAAACUUUGCUCCGGGGCAGUUUACCAGAUCAUGGACUAUGGCCGCCCAAUGGAGAGGAUGGCUGUUCUCAAUGAGGAUAUUAUUAACUCAAUUACACCGGGCGAGGACGUUGAGGAUAAAAUAGAGAUGAAACGCACCUCUAUCGGCAAGAGGCGUGCUGCAACGGAAAAGAAAAAGUCAGAACUUGCGGAGGAGCUUGUGGAAUUGGCCCGAACAUCUCACUGGAAAAUUGCAAGCCGUGCCGCAAGCAUCGUUGUCAGCAUGGGCUUGAGAUUCGAUUAUAUCGCAAGCGAUAACCUCGUUGAUCUCGUUACAUUGGGAUCAAUAGAUACUCAUCCAGGGCUUCGAGGAAUGUACUCUCAGGCUAUGAUAGCCUUGUUCACAAUGAUUGAUGUCCGCGCUAUUUGUGGCCACAGUUACAAAAAUUACAUCCUCGGCAAGCAAACUUUCCCUGCCAGGAUCCAUGUUGCUACAAAGCGGUACGACAAGGGUUGGACUGAAGAGUACCUAUCUAGCUUUGCUAAACCUGAGGCCGAGUACUAUGUGGAUCACGAUUUCCCAGGGUGGCUCGUUUGGUCAGAAACCAUGCCUGCCUACAAGUCCAAUAUCAAAAAAGACAUCGAAUAUGACGAUCUGGAAUGGAAAGUGCGCACCCAUAUGGGAAAACUUUUUGACCGCGAAUGGUUUUCCAAGUUUUUCAUGUAUCUCAAACAGGAACCUCGCGAUGCGUCAGCCGACAAGUUCCGCAUGGCAUGCGCGAUGAUGCUGCUUUACGUCUUUGAAUUAAUGUUCAGGGACGAGCUUACCACGGCUACCUUCGAUGAAAUUAAAGAAGAAAUCGAGUUGGUGUUUGAGGACGGAAGUGACAAGCACCAGCAUCGUGCCACAGCUGAAAUCCUAGGUGCAUUGCUCAGUUCUGUGACAGAUAUUGAUGUGGAGAAGAGAACAUUGGUAUGGGAAUAUGCUUUCCCCAUGGUACGGAAGAUUUUCACAGAUGGUCUUACCCCUGAGAAUUCUGGCUACUGGACGACAUUCCUUCAUAUGGUUCUUCAGUGUCGAGAUCCCCGUCGUGCUUGGCCUUUGGUCGAUUGGCUAGCCGACUUCCGGUUAGACAUGUCUUCCAAUGCUGCGUUCAAGGAAAGCUCGAGGAUUAGCCUACUGCAUCAGUGCAUCAUAGAUGCAGGCUGGCAUUUCCAAUUAGAGAAGCCUAUUGUCGAAGACUUUGUCGCCCAUCUUGAUCAUCCAUAUAAAGGCGUCCGAGAGGCUAUGGGUCAUACUCUAGGAUCAAUUUACCGAACCAGAUACCAUGAGUCUCAUCCCGAUGUCGACAGUCUUGUCAAAGCCCAAAGUGCUGCAUCUUCCAUCGGCACAUAUCCAUAUAAACCAUCUGCAGACUUUUCAAAAAUGAUGAGAGGCGUAUUCGAAAGAUUGAAGGUAUGGCGCCAGGAACGCCAGCCAGGCCAGCAGACUCCUUCUUCCUAUACAUCUGGCAGCAAGACUGUAUUACUUUGGCUGGACUCAACACUAUCUUCUCAUGAGUGCACACAGCUUGUGCCAUUCUUUUCUGAAGUCUUCACUGAGGAGCUACUUCACAUGAUGGAUAUCAAAGAGGACCCGGAGCUUCAAUCUCUAGCAUAUCAUGUUUUCCGACACCUCCCCAAUAUUCCUUAUCCUGCAGAAGAAAACUCACCGUUUGUUGACAAUCUCAUCCACAUUGGACAGCGUUCAACGUUGUGGCAUCAGCGCCUUCGGGUGAUGAUUAAUAUGCAAAUUAUCUAUUUCCGCCGUCUAUUCCUUUUGUCUCCCGGUGAUCGCGACAAAUUGUUUGAGUGUAUCGCAAACAUGCUUCAAGAUAGUCAGCAUGAGGUUCGGGUCGGCGCGUCAGCCACGCUUUCAGGCAUGAUUCGAUGCUCUCCCGUGGCACUUCGAGAUUCAUACGUCAAAAAGUUCCAACAACGAUUUACAGAAAAGUUGGCUAAAAAUCCUCUACCUAAGAAACCAAAAAAUCACAUUGGCAGAUCAUCAGCUGCAUCUAGUCGAACAGGAACUCCUACUCCCGAGCAUACGAGACUCAUCAUCACUCGUCAUUCUGCCGUCUUAGGUCUUGGUGCGUUGCUUCAAGCAUUCCCUUAUGCGAGCCCGCCUCCAACAUGGAUGCCCGACGCCUUGACUACGCUGAGCACGAAGGCUGCCAACGACCCCGGUGUUGUUGGUCAAAGCGUAAAGAGUAUUAUUAGCGAGUUCAAAAAGACCAGACAGGAUACUUGGCACAUUGAUCAAAAGGCAUUCACACCUGACCAGCUUGAAGACUUGGCUGGAGUCUUAUGGAAAAGCUAUUUUGCUUAAAUCCAUCCUUGGACUUUCUUAUCGGCCGUCAAUCUAAUUUUACAUAGAUGCUUCCCAGAGCGAGAGGAUAAUGAAGGUAGAGUGUGUAAUAAUAAGUGCUAAAAAUGUACGAGGCAGAUUUAACUUGGGACAGCGAGCUUCACCUUACCUUGUAAAAAGUAGGCUAUUUGAAUGCAGCAGCUUGCGAAUAUAUAUAUAUAUAUUUUGGGGUUAAUUGGACUUACCCCAAUUAUUGUCAUUUUUCCCCUAUUCGAC